GCAUCUCUCACAUUCGCCAGAAAGUCGUCGUCUUGGACGGUUGCUUGUUAUUCGUCUCUUUCGAUAGUCAGUCGCGCCGUCGUCUCGCAUUGGUCUUGGUCGUCGUCGUCUUCGUUUGUCGAUUGUCGUUUGUUUGGCAAAGCCUACUACGGUCUCGUAUAUCCGCCGUCACCGCCUUCCGUUCACCACGUUUGCACAGUCGAUUCGAAUCUGGUGUCCGUCCGCCUUGUGUGCGCAAAAGUGUUGUGUUCCAUGAUGUGUGACGCCCGCCGUGAUGAAGUAUGAUUCUUGUUUAGGCGCACCACAACCGUAGACAACGAAUCAGAUUUCGCGUUCUGGAGAUGUGUAAUUCGAUCCGGUUCCAGUCUCGAAACGGAUCCGGACCUUGAGUCGUUGCAUGCUAUGCGAUGAUCAUCUUAUCCGAGUGGUAAACUCAAAAUUAGAAAGUGCAAAUUUGAAGUGUGUGAGCUGUUAUUCAUAAUCAGUAGUGAGCGUCAAUUGUCGUUGAUUGAGAAAAGAAGCCUUCGAAUCGAACGACGAGGCGCGAGAGCUAAUGAAAGUGAAUUUUCGCCACUCGCAGUCGAAAGCGAGAGUCUCAAGAUCGACGAUACUUCGGAUCCAAUGAAUCGAAAGUGGACCAUCAAUUAAUUAAACGAUUUUUUGUUUGUUUCGAGUGUGUUAUACCUCUAUCUCGUUGGGUGGUGGUUUGCAUGCGUAGAUCAUCGUGGAAAGGAAGUGAGGUUUGAAAGUGAGUUUGGUGGAUGAAAGUUUCGCUUCCUGUUCUUCUCGGUGCGAAGCAAACUCACCGAAGACUCGUGCGAAUGAAUGAAAGUGUGGGUUGUCUAUUUUUGGUGCAGGGCUUAAUUGUCGAACUUGACGAAGAAACGAAAACAAAACUGUUCGAAGGAGAAGAGAAGUAACAAUCACGACGAGACAAUCGUGCGUGCGAUAAAGCGUACUCAGUGGCACCGGUUGAGAGAUUGUAAACACGCGUUGGCUCCCCUUCACUGGCAAGGAAUCAGUCUCCCACCUCUACCCACUCGCUCCCGGUAGAAUACGAGAAGGUACAGGGGGAAGCAUACCUACAGCUGGAACGAAGUCGGGCGGCGAUGAGUCAUCGCAUGGAUUGAAGGAGCUGAGGAAACUCCCGACAGUGUGUUCAUUGGAGCUUGUAAUUGUAUUUGUACGAUUACAUCGCGUAGUUGAUCCUCGCCGAUGGCAAAUCCAGCCUGGUGCGGUAUGAUGUGUUGGAAUAGUGUAGAAGCAUUCGAGUUCUGCCACGGGUAGGCGAGUUACAGAGUGAGAAGAAGACUCGGUGGUCGACGACGCUGUGCAAAUAAUAGCCUACUUGGCAGCGCAGCCAGCUUGCCGACUACUCAUCAUAGCAAUCGUUGAUUGCUCGCGUCGAGCACCAUUGGCUACGGCAAAGCUAGAACGGUGGCCUUCCAAAACGAAGGAGGCGAGCGCCGCUGGGUGCGUCAGGCAGUGAUGGGGGUCCUUCGAUGGAGGGAUCUGCCUGGGAGUCGAAGCUCCAUGAGUAGUUCCACCAACAGCACCAACAACAACAACAACAAUAACAACAACAACAACAACAAUCGAAUAGAGAAUACCCGCGAAGAACGAAUCUCCAAUCCACAUGGCGGUAACAACAAUGACACCCAGAACAAUCUCACCGUACAAAUUCCGCAACAGACUCGAUCGCUACUGCGGCACUCGAACAGUAUGUCCUCUAAUCCGCAUUCGAACUCGAGUUCAACGCCGGCGUCUCCGCACCUGCUGUCGAACAGCUCCAGCGGCCACCUGCAUCACACGCUGUCCAACGGCGGAACGCUUCAUCACCAUCCCCAGUACCAGAGUCAGUCGUCGGUAAGUUCCCAAAGUUCAUCGAUCAUUUCGGCGGUUCCGCCGUUGCAGCGGUUACUCGAAGAUCAUCUCAGCAAGCCAGCACCUUAUGCUAUGAUUGUGAUACCAAACAACGGGGGGUAUUGGGUAGACGGUACUGAUCACGACGCGGGGUACGAUAUCCCGUCGCACACUACCUGGAGGGUUGGCAAGAUCGAAUCGGACGAUACGGCCAAAUGCUACCGACGGUUCUUCAUCUCGAGGGAACACUCGAAUCUGGUUGGUCAUGAUGAUCAACUCGGCCCAGUAUUGCUAUCCAUAAAGUCUGAGAACGUAGCUAAUCAAGAUCAUAUUCGAAUACUACUCCGGCUAAGAACCGGAACCAUGCACGAAAUCAUUCCAGCGUCUUGUCUAGGGUCGAACCCAUCCCCGAUCAAGAUGGCGCGACUUUUGAACGAUCAGAUAAACGUAGAUAGCUUCAUGCCCGUACUGUGUCCCAAAGCGUCGACGUUGAUCGCCAGCUACGAUGAACACGUGCUAGUCACGAAUUUCAAGUUCGGCGUUCUGUACCAGCGGUACGGACAAACCACGGAGGAAGAACUCUUCUGCAACAGUGAUACAACCCCGGCUCUCGAAGAGUUCCUCGAUCUACUGGGACAACGAAUACGACUACGCGAUCACAAAGGCUACCGAGGUGGCUUGGAUAUUCAGAAUGGUCACACUGGUGAUACCGCAGUCUACGAAGUAUUCAAAGAACGUGAGAUCAUGUUCCACGUGUCAACGCUCCUGCCGUACACCGAAGGCGAUCCUCAGCAGCUUCAGCGAAAACGUCACAUCGGUAACGACAUCGUGGCAAUUGUAUUCCAGGAGGAAAACACUCCUUUCUCACCAGCGAUGAUCGCGAGUCACUUUUUGCACGCAUUCAUCGUUGUUCAACCCUUGGAACCCAACACCCCCAACUGCCGGUAUAAGAUUUCAGUAACUGCUCGGGACGAUGUUCCGUUCUUCGGACCUACCCUCCCGCAACCAUCAGUAUUUAAGAAGGGACCUGAGUUGAAAGAAUUCCUCCUCACCAAGCUGAUCAACGCGGAGAACGCCUGCUACAAGGCGGACAAAUUCGCCCAGCUGGAACUUCGGACGAGGACAUCCUUGCUGCAGAAUUUGGUAGACGAGCUGAAGGAGAAGACCCGAGACUUCUUGGGGGCUGAUUUGCUGGGUGCUCCCACUUCUCCUACUCCGGAAACUCCAAAAUCGGAAAGUGGUUUCACCGGAUCUCGCUUCAUCGAUACGGUGAAGAAGGCGUUGAACGCUCGGCUUCGCUCACAGAACUCCGACCCCACGAAUGGAAGCGUCGAAUCCAAUCCAAAGCAUCACAACUCCAUCAAGAAAUCCAAGGAGAUCUCCGACGUGCCCUGUGGACCGGGACAAGUUGUUAACAUCGGUCGAUCACUGUCAAAAAGUAGCACGACGGGCUCGCGGAAGUCUCCCAACGAUUCGGUAGCGUCCUCGCCGGACAUCACAUCGCGCUGUUCGCUCAAUCCGAGCAAUCUGAACAACAACAAUAACAACAACGCGUCCAACAACAACAACAACAACAACCAUCAUGGCGGAAACGGCCAUGGUGGCGGCAAUCAUGGCGUCGCCGCCAAGGGACUUCCCAAUGGCGUCAGCAAUGGCAACGGCAACAACAACAACAAUAACAACAAUGGCCCAGUGGCAAUGUCCGAAACUAGUGAUGACUCCAGUUUGAACAGUGUCGAUCUGGAUCCAAUGGUUUUCCCAAAUGUAGAUGCCGGAGCGACGUACAUCGACAGUGACACCGGGUUGGAAUCGAUGUCCUCGGCGGAUGCCACCACCAAGGCGUGCUCGCUCUGUCUGGACGGAGACCGGGCGGAGCGAUCGACGAAUGGCGGUGGAAGUGUGAUCAGCGUGAGCGUUGGAACCGGAAGCACCGGAGGGGACAGUACGCGUGAUCUACGCGGCAGCACCGGAAGUACGAACGUAGGCGGAAUGGGGGGAGGCGUUACGGUGGGCGUUGCUGGCAACACUGGAAUGCUGCUGAUGACACCGGAAGUGGUGCAGCAGAUGGACGGCUUUAAGCAGGAAAUAACCCGACUGAAGUGUGAUAAACUGGAUCUCCUCAGGCAGAAUGUGACCUGCCAACGUGACAUCAAACGACUACGGGAACGCGAACUGUCCCUGCAAGGCGACCUAGCCGCUGCCGGUAAGGAAAUUCUUCGGCUACGCGAUCUACUAAAGGAAUACAUGCCGUCCGCUGCAGCUGAACCCCUUUAAACCCUCUAAAUCCCAAACCCUCCCACUAGCACCACCUCGUUUCCCCUUUCCCGACCAUUAUUGUUACCGCACACAAUAGUGGGCAAAUUGGACGCACACAUACAUAGAUAACAAACACACAUACGGAUCCACACACACACUCUUGAGCACACACAUUUGACAACCCUAGAGAGGCGGUUUCUGAUGGAAGCGAACGGCUGAGAACAGAAAAAGAAGCACAUUGUCUUCUCUUAUCAGUCGGCUUUCUUCCAACUACACAAUCGUAUAACAUCAACAACUUACCAACGGAAUGGCACACAAUUGUCGUCUCAUCUUGUUGUAAUCGUCGUCGUCGUCGUCGCCAUCACUGGUGCUGGUUAUCGUCGUCGCCAUCGCCGUCGUUAUUGUCGUUACGGUCGUCAUCUCGUGUCUGUGACGCUUCUGAGUGCAAAUCGUGGAAAAGGAUUUUCGCAAAGUAUCCUCACUUUCCCUCCUCACAUUCUAGGGGGAGGAGAAACAGGUUAGUUCUAUUAUAUUUUUCCCUCGAACUAAUAUAUAUAUAUAUAAUGAGUGCGGAGCAGAGAGAGAGAGAGCAGUAAACGUUUACGAGUGUUUUCUGUAUAAAGAUCUUUUUUAAUUUAUUUUAUUCUAUAUGAAAAACCUUCGUAAUCUCUUCAAAAGCUAGCGCGGUAAGUUCUGUUGCCUUUCGCUUUCUAAUUGUAGCACGUUUGGUAGAUUUAUUCUUGUUAAAACAACGCAACAUGGAAGCAGCCGACUUUGGCACUAACGAGAUCUAGUUCUCCGGGCUUUCCAUCUUUGUUGAUCAUGGCUACGGGUGAGCAGUAUUGUGAUCGAUCGACCAAUGGUUGCUGCGAUUGCUCUUAUUGUGAUUGGUAUUUUAGCGGCUUUGCUCUCUGUUGCUUUCCGAUUCAAUGUCAAUGAAAGAGAAAUCUGUAAAUAAUUGUUUUAGCUUGACGCUUCAUCUUCGUAUUGGCAUUUUACAAUUUUUAUGCAUAUUUCUUCGUGAAAAAUGGAAAUCUGUGCUGUAAAUGUCAAUUAUCAUGGAAACAUUUAAAAUAAUUGAUCAUUGAUCAAACAUCCAUGAUCAUAUACAUAAAUGUCCUGAGCGUAACCCAUUAAGAGAUAUUUUAACACAACGUUAUCUACAUCUUUGUUCAUUUUUAAGCGAACCACAUUACAGUUUUAAUAAGUUUAUGAAAACCAACGAGUAGAAUGGGCUAUUAGAGUACGUAUGUGUCUCUCUUUCUCUCAAAGCAGAUGCCUUCUGCCACCGAGAGAUUGCUAACCAAGAAAACCAAAAAUAUGAUGUUGAAAAACAAUCCGAUAAGCUACCAGAUGUUUUUAGAACUUAAAUACCCAUAGAUUUUAGAGAAACAAAGACAAAUCUAAGCGCAGAUAUAAUACUGAGUGAAAAAUGUAUGUGCAAUACACAAUUGUAAUGAUCAUCAAAUCAGACAAAUGGAAAUCACUCACGGAAUCCUAUGAACCUUAAACGCAGACAGAGACUUUCAAGCCUUAUGAUAAAAAUGAAUUUCUAGGAGAAACUAAUUUCAAAAUUAAGACUAUCUCUUGUUUUUUUAGAUCAAACAUUUAUCUUGAGAAAAUGGUAACUUUGUACGAAAAAUACUGCCUUCUACUUAUAAUUCAAAACCCACAUGAAGCUGUCUCCAAAGCAAGCUCAUAAGAAACAAUGAAAAGUUACACGAGUACUGUCAAAUACAACAUUUAAAGAAUUGAUACCAAAGUUAACAACAUUCCCAAAAAUCUACAAAAGCACUACACACUGAACUACAAUCGACCAUCAUAAGUCCCAUGAGCAAAAAAAACUUCAAAAAGGAAAUCUGUCAUAUCAGCUUACAAAAAGAACAAUGCAAACAUAGUGAAUGUAAUGACCAACAAAUCACAAAAGUAGAUUUUGCACUCCAAACACUACAAAACACAGAUACAAAAAAACAAUAUUAUAAUCAAAUUGAUGUCUCAGCAAGUAAAACAAAACAAAAAAAAAUGCAAACUUUGUCCAGUGUUACACAAUAUGAAUAGGAAAGCUGCUACCCCGACAACACAGAAAAUGGGACGUGAAUGGGUUGAUAACGAUCAUCACAAACGAACACAGAAAGAAAGAAAGAACUAGUAUAUUAUCCGCUCGAGUGUGUCGAAUAUAUCCCUUGAAGUAGGAAACAAAAAAAAUCUGAAACGGACUAAAACCCCUUGUGGAGAAUAUCGAUACUAUUACACUUGAAUGUGAAAAAAAAACCCAACUAUUUGGAACAUAUUAGAAAGAGGAAGCAGAAGAAGAAUAGACUCUAUAUAUUUUAAACAUAUAUUAGAAAAAUAAUUUGGA